UCUUCGUUUCUGGGACGGUCCAUCUCCUUCCUACUGAAUAAUAUCAAGUGAUCCGAUCUCAGAAUUCGUAUGGUGUUUUACCUGCAAAAAUGGUUGGACACUCGCGAUGGCUCGUGUUCCUGUGUUUCGGUUUGUGCAGGGCGUGGAUGGACGAACGUCCUGUUUUGGAAUCACGCGACGGCAACCUGUACAUAUCGAGUGCAAGGGACCGAAAUAUCACGUUAAAGAUAUUAGGAUCUGGCUAUGUUAACGUGAACGACAUCAAUCUCCUGCACGUCACGACUGCGGCGAGAGACGCAUCACGAGUGGUGGAAAGGUGGAAGACGGGUAUUCUGUUAGAGAUGGAGCUGAAUUUGCAAAGGUUGACCGAUGUCAUCGAAGGUCCUCACGGUUUACAACGAAGGAUGAAUAUGUUAGAUUGGGGUGGAAGUGGAAACACGACCAACGAUAAAACUACUCGUUUGCCAUUCAGUGGAGAUCGAUCAUAUAUAGUCGACAAGGUAGCGAGAAAUCGCAUACGGCAAGUAAGCACCGAGUUACGGGAUCUGGGACGAAUUGUAAAAACUCUUCUGAGCGAAUUGGCUGCAGACCAUUGCCAAGGAGAUCCCUGUAAAAAUGGAGGCACUUGUAAAGAGCAUUACCAGGGCUACAAGUGCGUCUGCCCACCAAGCUGGGAGGGGCCAAACUGUGCGACAGAUGUCAACGAGUGCGCGAGAUUUGAGGGUACCGAUUUGGGAUGUCAAAACGGAGCAACGUGUGUCAACCUUCCUGGUACCUACCAGUGUUCCUGCACAUCGGGCUGGUAUGGAAUUCACUGUACGAAGAAGUCUCUUGUGUGCAACACCCAAAAUUCGGACGAGUUGUGCGGUCAUGGUGUUUGCGUGAACAAAUUAGGUUCUCCGUUGGGUUACACUUGCAUCUGUGACCAAGGCUGGGAAGCUGAAGGAACGAAUCCAGCUUGUAUAAAGGAUGUUGACGAAUGCGCCGGGAGACACCCGUCAUGUUCAGUAAAUCCCCCUGUACAGUGCAUCAAUGUUCCAGGAACGUUCUACUGUGGAACCUGUCCGCAGGGAUAUAGUGGAAACGGAUAUUAUUGUACGGACAUAGACGAGUGCGCAACCAAUAAUGGUGGAUGCAGUACAUCGCCUAUGGCACAGUGUAUCAAUACUUUGGGCUCCAGAAUUUGCGGACCCUGUCCUCCAGGAUAUCGUGGAGAUGGAGUGUCCUGUUUCCUCGUAGGAGCUUGUACGAUUAAUAAUGGAGGCUGUCAUCCUUUGGCGACUUGCACCGAUAACCCGGCGAUAUCUGACUGGUAUGUCAGCUGUCGCUGUCCAUAUGGAUACGUGGGCGACGGUAUGGGUCCUCGAGGCUGUCAACCAGCAGCUGGAGGUGGUACCAGCGUCGUUACAACUAAUGCUUGUAGCAGUAAUCCUUGCAUUCAUGGUCAAUGCCUUUCCGAGGACGCUCAUGUCUUCACUUGCGUCUGUAGUCCCGGGUUCACGGGUCCGACGUGCAGAACCACGAUAAAUCCCUGCUCGCUAAAUCCCUGCAAGAACAACGGACAAUGCACCGUUGCACCAUCUGGGGCAGUGCUUUGCCUGUGCACUGGCAGCUACUCUGGCCCAAGGUGCGAAACUCCCAGAGAUACUUGCGGAGGUGUCAUUCGAGAUCCAAUUGGAGUUCUGCAAUUCCCCUUAAGAGGAACCAACUAUCAACACGGCCUUAGUUGUGCGUGGGUCUUAACAACGAACCACAGCAUGGUUUUGAACAUCACCUUCACUGACUUUCACCUGGAAACGUCCAGGGAUUGUCGAUUCGAUUUUCUGCAGGUUCAUGAUGGAAGAAGCGCAGGCGAUCAUCUUAUCGGCAGAUACUGUGGCCACAAUUUACCACAAAAUGGGACCAUCAUCUCAUCACAUAAUAAUUUGUAUCUGUGGUUUCAUUCCGACAGCAGUAUUUCCCAUAGUGGUUUCUACUUGACUUGGAAAACGAUUCCUCCGGUUUGCGGGGGCGAGAUAAACGCCGAACAUGGGACCAUAAGCUCUCCUGGUUCCCCAGGAAAGUAUCCUCCCAACAGAGAUUGCUUUUGGCAGAUUUCUGUAUCGCAUGGAAAAAGGAUUCAAUUCCACUUCUUUACGAUGAUGCUCGAAGAACAUCCCACCUGCGCAAAAGAUUUCUUAAAGAUCGCGGAGAGUUCAGAUCGCGAAGACUCGAUCCUUGGCGUGUAUUGCAAUCAUACGCAUCCUCCUCCGUUAACAACCACCUCGAACGAAGCCUUUCUUCACUUUCACUCGGACGGUGUCGGAAGGGAUGCCGGAUUCCAGAUUACCUUCUCAAGCGUACCUGGCUUACCUGGAUGCGGCGGAAUUUAUACCGAUUUGUCUGGAGAAAUUACGAAUCCCACGCGUUCUUCGACCUAUCUACCAAAUAUGAGAUGCGAGUGGUUGAUUCAGGUUCCUCCCGGAGAAAAGAUUAAGCUAGAUUGGAUAACGUUUAACCUUGAGGAAUCUCGAUCCUGCCACUUCGACUUCGUGGAGGUUUAUUCAGGGUCUACGACCGAUUCUCCUUUGGUCGGGCGAUACUGUGGAUCUGAUUUACCUCCAUCAGUUAAAUUGGAGUCGAAUGUCGUUCUUUUGGUAUUCAGGUCCGAUUGGUCCUACAAUGCGGAAGGUUUCAGAGUGAGAUACGAGACAAUAUGCGGAGGACUUUUCACCGAUUUGACUGGGAUCAUCACUUCUCCCUCGUAUCCGAAAAACUAUCCGCCCGACAAAAUCUGCAUAUACAAAAUCGCUGUGCCUUCCGAUCGUUCCAUUGUUCUGACUCUUACGGACAUGGACAUUGAAGAGUCGACGGGUUGCUACUUUGACAAUCUUGAAGUCCGAGAUGGCGACAACGAAAAUUCUACUCUGAUCGGAACUUACUGCGGCCCCGAUGAUUUCUUACCGGAACCCAUGUACUCGACUUUUAAUUAUAUGUAUCUCAAAUUCACCACGGAACACAACAUCGAAGGACGUGGAUUUCAGGCAAAUUAUACGACCAUUGUUCAAAGAUGUGGAGGAAUGUAUAAGGCUGAAGCUGGGGUUAUUCAGAGUCCUGGCGAUGGAAGAUAUGACAACGGCGAGACCUGCACCUGGUUGAUUCAAGCACCAGUUGGACAUAUUAUUCAACUUACGUGGGUUUUAUUCCAAUUGGAGUACCAUACAAAAUGUGCUCACGAUUACGUCAAGGUUUACGAUAAUUACACGUCGGAUGAAUCUCCUCCCAUUGGCAGUUACUGCGGUGCGAAAAUUCCACCCGUGUUAAUGUCUCAAGGCAACAUGAUGACGAUAGUCUUCCAUUCGGACUCCAGCAUCACCAGAGAAGGAUUCGUGGCAACUUAUGUUUUCCUGGAUGCCAACAAAUUUUGUGGUGGCCGUUUCUAUGCCAUCACUGGGGUUAUCAGGACUCCAAAUUAUCCUGCUAACUAUCCUAUCGGACGAGAAUGCAUUUGGGUGAUAGAGGCUCCAAGCAGGCAACAAGUGAAACUUACGGUGGAAACCUUCCGUUUGGAGAACCACACGAGCUGCAACUUUGAUUAUUUAGAAAUUAGAAAUGGAGGGUAUGACUCCUCACCGUUGAUUGGAAAGUAUUGCGGUACAAAUAUGCCGCAGAAAAUAACCAGCAUGAGCAACCAAAUUUAUUUGAAGUUCGUGUCGGACUCGUCGAGAAGUGAAAAAGGUUUCAGCCUCCUUUGGGAUAGUACUACAAUAGGUUGCGGAGGAACGUUGACCUCUACAAACGGAGCCAUUACAUCCCCGAAUUAUCCGCAACCAUAUACCAGGAGUGCAGAAUGCACCUGGAAGAUCGUAGUUUCAGCUGGCAGUGUGGUUCAAAUAAUCAUAGUAGAUCUUGAACUAGAGGAGCACGCUACAUGUAGAUUCGACUAUGUGGAGAUAUUUGACGGUCCCGACAAACGAGGGAAGAGUUUGGGUCGAUUCUGCGGUUCGUCGUAUCCACCUUAUAUUAAAUCAACAUCUAAUGUUGUCACUGUGAUUUUCCGAAGUGAUUUCACCACUGCUGGUCGCGGAUUUCAUAUAAAGUACAACACACUUUGCCACAACAGUGUCCGGGGAUUCCGCGGGGUGAUCGAAUCUCCGAACUUCCCGAAUAAUUACAUGCACUCGACGAACUGCAGCUGGGUGAUAAACGCCCCCCUGGGCAACAAAGUAAACGUAACGUUUUCGCACUUCGAACUGGAAGGUCCAGUCAGCGAUUCCUGUGUCUACGAUUACGUGGAAAUAAAAGAGGGCGAGAAUGAUCUGCCGAACCAAGAGCUCGGAAAAUUCUGCGACUCUCUGGAACUCCCUCCACCGUUGUCUUCCACGCAGUCCCAAGUGUUCAUAAAUUUCAUGACGGACUCUUUUGUCACCUACAGCGGAUUUCGAUUGGAGUGGGUCAUACAUGGAUGCGGUGGACACUUUAAAAGACCAUUCGGGUCAUUCAGCUCUCCGGGUUAUCCUAAACCCUACCCCGAGGACAUCGAAUGCGAGUGGCUGAUCGAGGUGGACUUCUGGCAGAGCAUAGAGAUUACUCUGCAGGAGGUCCAUACAGAAAAAUCGGCGGAAUGUUACCACGACAAGAUGACGAUUUACGGAGGUGAGAACGAGCAUGCUCCCAUGCUCGUACAGACGUGCCAUUCGGACCAUCCGAUUACGUACACGACUCCCGGCAAUAAAGCAUUUAUAAAGUUCGAGUCGGAUUUCUCGUUCAGCGGAAAGGGUUUCACCGCCACCUAUAAGAGCGUCCGCCUUCAAUGUGGAGGACUCUUCACUACUCCGUCCGGGUACAUACACUCGGCCAAUUAUCCGAAAAAUUAUCCACACAAUCAGAACUGCGAGUGGCUACUAAGAGUCGACGUCAAUCACGUCGUCAAUCUGACGUUCAUUGACUUCGACCUCGAGGACACCGCCAAUUGCACGGACGAUUACGUCAAGAUCUUCGAUGGAUCUACCAAGGAGGAUCCUCUUCUGGGCACUCAUUGCCGCAGUUCUCUUCCUCCCAGCUAUAUUUCGACCAGCAACGAGUUGCUGAUAGUUAUGAGAUCGGAUAGCAUCGUUACAUCGAAGGGCUUCAGAGCUUCUUACUCCAUUGCCUGUGGUGCCAGAAUAGUGACUAACGAAAAUGGCGUUUUGAUUCCCUCUUCCGACGCCUUAUUCGGUUUCAAUAGUGAGAAUUGCACUUGGAUUAUCGUCGCCGAAAAUCCAGCGGACCACGUGACAUUAACGUUUACAUACAUGAACCUCGCAUCGACGGAUCAUUAUGACGUGGAUCAGCAGAGGUCCUAUCAGACCGUGGAUGUAUUCGAAGGUGAAGGUUCCGAUGGUCCUCUUCGAGGUAGCUGGUCCGGCUAUAAGGCGCCUCCUCCAGUCGUCAGCGAAGGAAAUGCAUUAACGGUGGUCUUGUCACCAUUGGACAGUGUCAGUGCGAAUCAUUUCAGAGCCAUCUACAGUGUCUUAAACACAGCCUGCGGUGGCGUUUACGAAUCUAAGAACGGAACUAUAGUUUCCCCUGGAUAUCCAAAUAGUGGUCCCUCUCAGGCAGAGUGUGUUUGGAUAUUGCAGACCGCCCCAGGAAGUCGCAUUAGCUUAAAUUUCGUCGAAUUUAAUUUAGGCUGCGAUGAGUGCACGACUUGCGAUAUUAAUUACCUAGAGGUGCGAGAAGUCGACGGCGCUGGUAAAGUUUUGGGUCUGUGGUGUGGAAGUCAAGCCGGUGAAAUAACAUCGAUGAAGACUUUGUGGGUGAAAUUCAGGAAGGACCAGCAGUUCACCUCCGGGAAUGGGUUCAUGGCAGAGUAUUCACUGGUACACAGUAACGAAUUGGAGGGACCCAGCGGAGAAAUUGCUUCUCCCUUGUAUCCAAACUUUUACACCAUGGAAGGAGAUUACUCCUGGAGGAUCACCGUUGCAUCCGGUUGGUCCAUUAGGAUCACGUUCACGGAAUUCCACACAGACGCAACUAGCUACGGUUGCUAUGGCUAUGUCGCGGUUUAUGACGGCUACAACAACGAAGCUCCAACGUUGCUGUCCCAUUGCGGUAUCUCCAUACCGGAUGAAAUAAUAUCUACCGGCAACGUCGUUUACAUUGAACUUAAUACGGCCACCUAUCAAGAAGGUUCCAAAUUUUUCAUGAAGUGGUUGCAAGUUCCGAGAGACGUGAGAGGGACUUCCAUAACGGAAAUUUCGGAGUGUGAGGAAAUUGUUUCUUUAAGCGACCCAACGAGUCUAGAGUACCGCUUCUCUUCACCUGGAUGGCCAAAUGGAUACAAAAAUGACUUGAACUGCUCCUGGAUCUUCGAAUCACUUCCGGGAACGUCACUUUCUUUAAAUUUUAAGAGUAUUUCUUUGAAUUCAAAUUCAUAUUGUUUAAACGACUACGUCGCGGUAUAUUCUGGGAUCGCUGAGUCGACGCACGAGGAGUGGACACUUGUUACUAAAGUUUGCAAUUCUGAAUCUAAGGGAAAAAUAAUUUCGGCUUCGAACCUGAUGAGAGUGGAAUUUAUUACCGAUGCCUAUUCCAAUGGUACCGGAUUUGAAGCAUCGGUCUUGAGAGAAUGUGGAGGUCGUCUCGGUGGGCCCAACGGAGAGAUUGAAAUCACGAAUUCAUCGCUGAUAACUUGGAGAAAGAGCUGGACAAUUUCUUGCAAUUGGACAAUUUCAGUGAGACCUGGGAGAACGAUUCAAGUCGAUGUUACCGAAUUGAAGACAGGAACGACAGAAGGAGGCGUCUGUGGAAAUAGUUACCUUAUGUUGAAGAAUGGAGGAUCUUCAUCGUCCCCCAUUUUGGGCGCUGGGAAAUAUUGUGGAUCGGAGCUACCCCCUACCUUGAAAACUACUGGAAAUGAACUUUUCGUAAAAAUACAAGGCGUAAAGAAUGCAUUGGGGCUAAUACUUCGUUACAGGGAAGUGGGCAUUAAUUGUGGAGGAAACUAUUAUCUGACUAAGGAAACGCGCGAAUGGGAGAUGAAAUCUCCAAAUUAUCCAAAUAUCCCGUCGCCGCACACAGAAUGUACAUGGACUCUCAUGACCAGUCCUGGAGAUCGGCUAUCGAUUCACUUUGUCGAAAGAUUCGAUCUGGCUUACACCCGAAACUGCGAGAGAGAAUAUCUGGAGAUUAGAGAUGGUGGUACCGAGGCUUCCGAGGUUUUGGGCAAAUUUUGUGGAGACACUGCACCCAGUACAAUGUCCUCAACCGGCAACGUCAUGUACAUUCACUAUUACACCGACAUACCCGAUCCGAAAAAUGGAUUUAAAGCAGUCAUAACAACAGGUCUAUGUGGCGGAAUUUUACGAGGCUCUACGGGCGUUAUUACUUCACCUAACUAUCCCGCUAUGUACCCGAAGAAUGUUACGUGUGUAUGGGUCAUUGUUGGACCACGGCAACACAUGUUGAAAUUGCAAUUCCUCGAUCUUCAUUUGCCGAGUUUUAGAAGCUGCCAGAAUACUGACCACGUCAGUAUUGGAGAACGAUUUAAUUUUAACACAACUCAUACCGAGGAGAGAAGGUUUUGCGGAAGUACGAAUCCUGGAAUAAUUGAAACGACUAGUGACAAAUUAGUGGUCACGUUCGACAGUGACGACAGAGAGUAUACAAAUUACCGAGGAUUUAGCCUGAAUUAUUCUGCCAGCCAGGAAGCAUGCGGAGGUUCAUUGAAAGGAUUAUCUGGAACGUUCCAGUCUCCAGGGUACCCAUCCGGAAAUCCUCUCCGAAGGUAUUGCGAAUGGCAAAUCACUGUUCCACCUGGCUUCCAAGUGGUGGUUGACAUUUUGGAUAUGGCUCUCGGCAAUGAAUUUAAUUGGGCAAGGAUGGGCAAUCGUCUCUCGUUUUACAACGACUUCAACUACAAAUCCCGAAUUGCCUAUGUACCACCUACGGACACACGAAGGCAGUUCAGAAGUUCUGGCAACACUAUGAUGGUUUGGUUCUGGUCGACGGGCAGUGGACAUCGUGGAUUCAAAGCUAGAUUUACGGCGGUUGCCCCAGCCCCUUGUGGUGGUGAGGUGACUGGCUAUCAUGGAUUCCUAUACUCUCCGCGACCACCGCUAUUUAACCAGACCAACUUUUUCUGCAAAUGGUUGAUUAAAUCUCCUGUGAGCAUCGUCGAUUCCAAUAAUGCAACCAAACAGACUUUGACGUUGACACUUACCGGUCUCAUCGGCUAUAAUGUAUCAGCUAGCAGGUCUUGCAAAUACUUUAUGUCGAACAUCAAAAUUAGCAGUAAUACGGAAACUCUUGCUACUAUUUGCGGAAAUCUAACUGAACCUCAGAUUGUUAGAAGUCCUUAUAAUUAUAACGUCCUUUCGGCUCUGAAAGGUUUCCAUGCAAAUAUUACAAAUUUCACCGUCGAGUAUCAAUGGCAGUCAUGUGGAGGGAUUUUGAGUGGACCCGAAGAAACGGUGGAGGCUCCAAAAGGUCUUUCGUAUCCUCUUAGUUGCGUGUGGUUCGCUCGUUUCCCUGACGAAGGCGAAGCCAUCAGGUUGACUUUCGAAAAUCUGAACUUGGGAAGUUGCGAAAACGGCUACAUCAGUAUCAGGAACGGCGGUCCCAUGUCACCCGAGAUGGGAAAAUACUGUGGCAGCUUGAAACCAGAUCCUUUGACUUCGCAGUCGAACGAAAUGUGGAUUGAGUAUCAUGUUAAACAGGAUCCAAGUAAUUUCCGGUUCCGUUUAGAGACCGUGAGUGGCGGAUGUGGAGGUGCCCUCUGGGGUAGCAGGAAGAUCAUCGGAACACCAGGAUUCCCCAAACCUUAUCCAAAUAAUGCGGAAUGCACGUGGGAGAUCAUGGCAGAGCCGGGGUACAGCGUCGCCCUGGUCUUUGUUGACCGAUUCCAGAUGGAGACUUCUAAUAAUUGCGAAAAAGACUUUGUACAAGUCUUCGGUUGGAAGUCGAAAAAUUCAACUUGGGAAGAUCUUGGAAAAUUCUGUGGUCGCAAUGCACCCGCUCCUGUUAAGUCAACGACGAAUCGAAUGAAAGUCCUUUUCCGGUCUAAUGAGGCUAUUCAAGGAGACGGUUUUACCGCACGUUGGGAAGAAAAUUGCGGUGGAAUCUUCGACGUUACAUCUCAUGAUCAGAAGUACAUUCAAUCCCCAGGGUAUCCCCAUGCGUACACUGGAAAUUUGUUCUGCAAUUACACCCUGUUGGCACCAGGGAAGAACAUCCGCGUGGACUUUACAGAUUUCUUCCUUGAAGACGAUCAGCCAGACUGCUCAUAUGACAAUGUGACCAUCACAACUAAAAUAUACGCAAAGAAUUUGGCCGUGAAAUGCGGCCACAGUGUGCCAACUCCAUACAGGAGUAAAGAUAUGGUGGAAAUCAUUUUCAGAACUGAUAAAUAUGUACAUAAAAGAGGCUUCGAAUUGAAAUAUUAUCUGGACGAGUGCGGAGGAACAAUAACUCAGCCAUCAGAAAUCGUUUCGCCGGUCUUCAUUCCACCGGGAUCCCACUUUCCCUUUAAUUGUACAUGGAUCAUUACCGCGCCCGCGAAAAAGAGCGUCGUGGUGCGAUUCCAGAAAUUCCAAAUUAUUGCCGACUCACGUUGCUCCAUUGACAGUCUGUCGGCGUUCGAAGGACAUUUUAUAAAUGAAACCAAUAAACUUGGGGAAGUUUGCGGAAACUUAACGUUAAACUUGCCUGUUUUCAAAUCCGAAAGUAACAAACUGACCAUCAAUUACCAAACGUCCCUGCUGAGGAAAUACACAACGUUUAAAGCCGAGGUUCUCUUUGCGAAUACACCAGCCGAAGGCUGUGGAGGCCACAUCAAUUUGACGUCAAAUCAGAAGGUGAUGUAUUUUAACACGCAGAUUGGUAAUACUUACGAUCCAGAUCAAGACUGUCAUUGGACCGUUGAAGCUGGCCGCAACAUGAUAAUUCGAAUGACUAUCAUUAGUAUGGACUUGAAGAAUUCUACAGACGGUCCCUGUAGCGAAGAUUACAUCGAGAUUUUCGAUGGACGUAGCCCUUUCUCGGAAUCGAUUGGUCGAUACUGUGGUAGUACCUGGAUUCCUCCACCGAUAUUCUCAAUGUCAAAUGUCCUUUGGAUUAGAUUUGUGACAAAUUCUAAUAAACAAGGAAGCGGGGUCGUUGGUUCAUUGGAAAGCAUUCCUUCUAUUUGUGGGGAACAAAUCCUGCGCAUCGGCAACAAAAAUAGUAUCAUCACUUCUCCGGGGUACCCUCAACCUUAUCCAUCUGGUAUAUCAUGUCGUUGGACUCUGGAAAGUAGUUUCGUAAGUGCAUACGGUUCAUCGCAAAUGAACAUUCACUUUAUCGACCUCGACCUCGAGGACACACAGAAAUGCACUGGCGAUCGUCUGCAGAUUUCAGAGCAUGGGGACUCAAGAUCCGUCGUCGAAGGCUUCGGUCAGAAUUUAACAUUCAGUGGGCAGAUAAAUCAAGGUGAUAGGUACAUGAGCCUGUUUAGCGACUCGAUUAGGACGUACAGCUUUUGCGGGAAUGUUAUACCUCAGAAUUACUACAGUGCUAGCAAAUUUGUAGACGUCACGUUCAGGUCUACAGCUAGUGAAAAGAUGCAUAAAGGAUUUAAGCUUGAAGUUAGUUCUCUUUCGUGUAGUCGAAACUACACGAGCUUACAAGGCCGAAUUGUAUACAAUGGACAGCAAGAUUGUUGGAUUACAAUAACUGUUCCAGAAAACUAUACGAUUUCACUCUACUUUACACAGUUUAAUAUUUACGACAAUGAGCAGUGUACUCACAGUGCUUUCCAGGUUAGAGAGGGAAGUUUCAGUGGUAACGUUUUAGCUACAUUGUGCGGUGCAACAACACCAAGUCCAAUUUUUAGUACGGGUAACAAACUCAGUUUGCACACAUGGAGUAAACAAGAUUACGAGAGCUACGAUAUUACUUACACUUCGACCAACAAGGGUCGAGGUUGUGGUGGUGAAAUUUACAACUACGCAGGGAGCCUUGCUUCGCCAUUGUAUCCGAAUUCUUAUCGGAAUGACAGUACAUGUACGUGGCUCAUUGUCGUUCCAGUAGGUCGUGUGGUAUAUCUCCAAUUUUAUGUAUUCGACCUAGGAAACGGAGACUUGUGUGAUACGAAUAAUGUUCAACUAUAUGACGUAUUAGAAAACGGAGAGCAAAGCUGGAGAAAUACAUAUUGCGGAGGGGAUCGACCAGCGAGCUUUAAAUCCACAACGUCCAAAAUGAUACUAAAAUAUAAUACGAGCGUGAAUAACGGAGGAACAGGUUGGACCGCUUACUUUAUUGCACGAGAGGACUUUAUUGAGGGAUGAGUAAGUUAGUUAAAGGAAGGUAGACAGCACGGCAUGUAUGAUUUUUUUUUUUUAGUUACAGGCAGGGAAGAAAGAAUAUUCGGAAACUCGUCCACCUUUAAUAAAACUACAUGGUUGUAUUCAUCGAUAAUCAGUUGCA